GUCUUAGAACCACGUUAUCAAAGAUCUAAGAGGCAAAUCCCAUUUGAGUAUUCCAACACCAGGAUGAAAGAGAUACAAGGACGAAAUUAGAGACCUUGACAAAAGUUUCAACCUGACUUCAGCUAGUUUCUCACAAGCCAUCUCAAAGAAAAUUGAUGAAAGGAAGAGUUUAUCUGCUCUCAGGCUGCUAAAAGCUAAGAAGUCAGAAAGAACGAUCCGCAAAACGAGGAUCAACUUCAUCAAGGAUAAGAAUAAGGACAGAACAGAGUUAAAGGAGUUUCUCAAGAAGAUACAUGAUGAUAGCCCUGAAAAGAUACUCGAAUCUCCACAACUAAAUGAUAAUCAAGCUUCAAUAGCUUCUCUUGUUCAAAAACCUGGCGUCUCUUCAUUCUCGCAUCGAUAUAUGUGUGCUUUCGGAGCAAAUACAACAAAAGGACUAGUUCGUAAUUACAAUGAAGACAAGAUAUCAGUCUCGAUACAGGCAAACCCUCCUUCAAAUUUCAAGGGAGAAUGGCCUGAGGUUCAUUAUUUUGGAAUUUAUGAUGGCCAUGGAGGUAGUCAGUGAUCAGAUUUCCUCAAGAAAAAUCUGCACAACCUUAUUCUAACUCACCCAAAGUUCCUAUCAAAUACUAAGGAAGCGAUCCUUGAUGGAUUCGAAGAGGCAGAGAGAUUAUUUCUGAUAGAGUACGAGAGCAGCUCUUCUGAUGAAGAAAAUAAUCCUAAAGCUCCUAUUGUAAGAUCUUUCACUGAUAUUCACAACAAGAAAAAGAAGGCAUCAGGAAGCUGUGCAGUCAUUGCCAUCUUCAUCAACACUCAAGUCUUUGUAGCCAAUGUAGGGGAUAGUCGAGCAAUUCUUAGUUAUAGUAAAUAAAAACAACUUGAGAAAAAUAAAACAGCUUACCAUUGACCAUAAGCCUGACAACAAAACAGAAAGAAGAAGGAUUAAAGAUAAUGGAGGAAGAGUUUACCGAUCAAAAAAUCGAAACAAGGAUCUUUCCUGAGAAAAACCCCAGAACACUCCUAAAGGUCCUCUCAGAGUCUAUCCAGGAAGACUCUCUGUCUCAAGAGCAUUAGGAGAUUUUAAAGCAAAAACAGAUGAAACUGGCGGAAAUUCCAAAGUUCUAAUAGCAGUUCCAGAUAUAAAAGUCUUUACAAUUAAUCCUAAUAUGGACUUGAUGGUGAUGGCCUCCGAUGGCCUAUUUGAAAAUCAGACUAACAAAGGCAUUAUCAACCAAGUUUACAGCAUAACCAAUAAAAGCAUUCCAAAGAGCCAAAAGACUUUAGAGACUUCUGAACAGUCUAUUAAUUAUGAGCCAAAUGAGACUACUUUUAUUGAAAAGAGUGAUAUUAGAGCAAAUCGUUCAUUCAAAACCUGCGCUCCAACUCGACUGAAAUCUAAGAGUACACCUAGUAUUCAUACUUUAAUGGGGAAGAUAACCAACCAGCUGAUGACGAAUAGUUUAUUCAAGGGCUCUAAGGACAAUAUUUCUUGUAUCGUGAUUGCAUUCAAAAACUACAUCAUAAAGCCGUCAGAAUCUUUGAAAAAGAUAGAAACAUUCACUUAUGAGAAUGAAUCAACUAGAGAUAAUGAAAUACCCUUAACCGCCAAAGUUACAACUAUUCUGAAAGAUGAAACAAAGAUAAGCUCGAGAUGCUUUAAGAGGCCUUCCUCAAAGAACCAGAAGAAGAAAUACCUAAAAAUCAGAAAGGCCUUUACAACAAAUUUAGAGCCUCUGGCAAUUAACUAGGCUUAAUAGUCUGGGCAUUAGAUAAUAUUUAGGAAAUUUCAAUAAAUUUU